AUGUUCCAAGCAGCAUAUGCUGGAGAGAUUGAACCCAUCACAGACAAGUCUCAGUGGCCUCAGGUCAAAUUAGAUUUUGAUAUGGUGCCACCGAUUUCAAAGAGGCCUAUAGGGAGACAGAGGAAACUUAGAAUCAAAGGUUGCCUUGAAGACGGUGGUAGUAGCAGUAAAGGGAAGAAAAAGCUACAUGACAAAGGAAAGGAGCAGGACGAUGGUGGUGAAGAGAAGGCACAAAAAAAUGGAGUCAAAGGGAAGCCAAAAGAGAAAAAGAGAUUUGGCACCACAAACAGAUGCAAAAAAUGUGGAGAGUUGGGGCAUAGGCAAACAAAAUGUCCAGAAAAUGAACCUAGAGAAAGAAAGAAGAGGGCGAAAAAAGUUCAUGAAGGUGACGAUCAACUACCUAGAGAGGUACUUGAGCAAGAGCUACUUUCUACGGCUGUUGGGACACCGAAAAGAGACACAAUCACACUGCCUCCUAGCCUUCAUGACAGCCCUGGGGUUAUUACACGGAGGAGACUUGCUAUGGCCUUGGCUGGAGAUGGUGCAUCACCGCCACCUGUGACACCUACUAAAUCUCCAGCGAGACCUACUUUUGAUGUGCCUUCAAGUUCAAAUGCUUGCAAGAAAAAAUUAACUCCAAGGAGGAGGAAAUAGUGAUUUUAUUGCGUCGAGACUAUGUUUUCAAUUUUAAGAUAGAUGUUUGAUGUUUUCAAAUCUGUAUUAUUUAAGCUCGGCAUAUUUCUGGUGAUGAGUUGGUGAUCUUCGUGUGAUGAAUGAUAUCAAUUCCAUGUAAUCCAACAGAUUUUGUGAUAUAUGGAU